AGUUCAAGUUGCAAUUGCAGUGGCAGUGCCAGUGCCACUGACAGUGGCAGUAAGUUACUGUGCAACUUUUGCCGGAGUCCCGUUGGCGCUGUCGUUGUUGUCGCAUAACUCAAAGCUGAUGAAAUAUGGAGCUGCUUCAGGUACUCUGCUGCACGCUCCUCCUGCUCCUCGCCCGAAUGCAAGUGCUGCUCGCCGUCAGCUGGGAGGAUUGGUGGACAUACGAUGGAAUCUCAGGUCCUGCCUUCUGGGGCCUCAUCAAUCCGGAGUGGUCGCUGUGCAACAAGGGCCGACGUCAGUCACCGGUAAAUCUGGAGCCGCAGCGCCUGCUCUUCGAUCCCAACUUGAGGCCGAUGCACAUCGACAAGCAUAGGAUAUCUGGACUAAUCACCAAUACCGGACACAGUGUCAUCUUUACGGCCGGCAACGAUACGGUGGCCAACUACGACGGUAUGCAGACGCCCGUGAACAUCUCAGGGGGGCCGCUGUCGUACCGCUAUCGCUUCCACGAGAUUCACAUGCACUACGGCCUGAACGAUCAGUUCGGCUCGGAGCAUAGCGUGGAGGGGUAUACAUUCCCAGCGGAGAUACAAAUAUUUGGCUACAAUUCCCAGCUAUAUGCAAAUUUCUCCGACGCCCUGAAUCGUGCCCAGGGCAUUGUGGGUGUCUCCAUUUUGCUGCAGCUGGGUGAUCUGUCCAAUCCGGAGCUGCGCAUGCUCACCGAUCAAUUGGAACGCAUCCGCUACGGCGGCGACGAGGCGUUCGUGAAGCGUUUGUCCAUACGCGGCCUGCUGCCGGACACGGAUCAUUACAUGACCUACGAUGGCUCGACCACGGCACCCGCCUGCCACGAAACGGUCACCUGGGUGGUGCUCAACAAGCCCAUCUAUAUAACAAAGCAACAGUUGCAUGCUCUGCGCCGUCUCAUGCAGGGCAGCCCCGACCACCCAAAGGCACCGCUGGGCAACAAUUAUCGGCCGCCACAGCCGCUGCUGCAUCGGGCCAUUCGCACCAACAUUGACUUCAAAACGACGAAAACGAACGGCAAGGCCGCCUGUCCCACCAUGUAUCGUGAGGUCUACUACAAAGCGACCAGUUGGAAACAGAACUAAGACGUAACUAAUGGCCGUUCUGACGUAAUGACGCAGUGACGUAACGUAAGCGCCAGACGUAAUUAGCGUGCGGCGUGCAACAGGAGCUUCCACUAAACAUACAUAUACAACCCGGCGAUGCUGCUGAGGAAAGAUCAAUCGAGGAUGUGCCCAGCAGCUAUAACGAACGAGGAGAAAGUAGCAGCAUGCGAGGAGCGAGUAACGAGUAAUGAGGAGCGAGUAACGACUAACGAGGAAGUGCAAAAGAAGAGCGUAGUCAUAAAUGAAAUCCAUGCACGAAUUCAUACUCGUGCAUACAUAUACAUACAUACAUACAUAUAUAGGAGGUGCAUCAAGUGAAGCCGAAUAAUAUUGAUAGCGAUAAAGAUAACUAGCAUUAAAUGUGCAAAUUUUUUUGUGUCUCCCGCCCCACGCCCCACUACAAAUCAAUCAGACUCCUUUGAUUGCAGCUGUCAGAGCUGCUCGGGGUGUGUGUGUGUGUGUUUUUUUUUAGGUCAAUGUGUGUGUAGGGCUCUGAAUGCAAUACUGCGUAAGUACGAUAACGAUAACGAUAGCAAUAGCGAUGACUAGUAAACAGAAUUACCAGCAUAAUCAUAAAUAAUCAUAAUCAUAAUAAUAAU